AUGUCUGUUUGUAAAGAUGAAAGCGAGUUUGAUGCCCCUUGGGAAAAAGUUUCGUCGGCAUGGUUGCGAAGGUACCCAAAUCCUUAUAGCUCUCACGUAGUGUCUUCCGAUGUCUUAGAGCGAUACAUCGAUGAAAAAGGCCGAUUGCAUACCGAACGACUUUUAGUUAAGCAAGGGAGAGUACCUCGAUGGGCUUCGGAGUUCUUAAACGUGAGCAGAUCUUACAUUUUGGAAAGGUCCAUAAUCGACGCAAACAAGCGUGAACUCUUGAGUGAAACCUUUAAUAUUGACCAUCUCAAACUCCUGAAGGCCAUGGAGUAUAAUCGAUACCAACCUUCUGAAGAAGAUAGCUCAAAAACUUCCAUAACAACUUUAGCUCAAUUUGCUUCUCCUUUACGGCUGGGUUUGGGGCGUCGGGUCCAAAAAUAUUGUCUGAAGCGCUUUCCAGAACAGCUGAUCGGCUCCCGACGUGGUGUAUUAUACGUUUUACAAAAACAAAAAUCUAUUUCUUAA